AUGAAAGUGGGAUUCGAGGUGGUUCAUGCAAAUUAUAAUCCAAACAUGAUUCGUCCACACAUGCAUGAAACAUGGGAUCACUACUCAAAUAUUAGUUCCUUCCCAUUUUCAGCUCCAACCCCAUCAAACUUAUAUCCAAAGCCAGCAACAGAAAACCACUGCCUAAACUUGGGGCAGAAUGAACUCUCUGAUUGGAUGGAGGAGCACAUUGGUGACAUCACCAAGCAGCUUGUUGAAGACUUACCAGAAACCACUUCUGGUAACUUGAUGGCAAGUAACCCAACAAGGGUUUCCCAUCACAACUGUGUUCCCUCACUUUCACCCAACUUCAGUCAAAGAAAACCUUCACGUUUUAGACCCCAAUUUGAGAUUAUCACCAACGACCCCCCAAACUUCAAUCUUCACAUUCAAACAAACACCUCAGGUUUAGACCAUAGCCACAAUGUUUGUGAUCAAGGGUUGAGCCUGAUAACCCUUCUAAUGGAGUGUGCAGUGGCAAUCUCAGUUGACAACCUGGGUGAGGCUCAUAGGAUGUUACUAGAGCUAACGCAACUGGCCUCACCCUACAAAGCUUCAUGUGCUGAACGUGUUGUUGCUUAUUUUGCCAAGGCCAUGACUAGCAGAGUGAUGAAUUCUUGGCUUGGGGUAUGUUCCCCUUUGGUUGAUCACAGGAGCAUUAACUCAGCAUUCCAAGUGUUUAACAACGUUUCCCCUUUCAUCAAAUUUGCUCACUUCACUUCCAACCAGGCAAUCCUUGAGGCAGUGAACCAUUAUGACAGCAUUCACAUCAUUGACUUGGACAUCAUGCAAGGGCUUCAAUGGCCAGCUUUUUUCCACAUAUUAGCCACCAGAAUGGAGGGUCCACCACAGGUCACAAUGACAGGUUUGGGAACCUCAAUGGAACUCCUGGUUGAAACUGGGAAACAACUCUCAAACUUUGCAAGAAGGCUUGGCAUGUCAUUGAAGUUCCACCCUAUUGCAAGCAAGUUUGGGGAAGUAAUUGAUGUGUCCAUGUUACAUGUAAAGCCUGGUGAGGCAGUGGCAGUGCAUUGGUUGCAGCAUUCACUCUAUGAUGCAACUGGAGCUGAUUGGAAAACACUGAGGCUCCUUGAGGAAUUAGAGCCAAGAAUCAUCACCUUGGUGGAGCAAGACGUGAACCAUGGUGGAUCUUUCUUGGACCGUUUUGUGGGCUCCUUGCACUACUACUCCACCCUUUUUGAUUCUCUUGGAGCAUACUUGCACUAUGAUGAUGCAAACAGGCACCGAGUGGAGCAUGGCCUUCUCUCUAGGGAGAUCAACAACGUGUUAGCCAUAGGAGGCCCUAAGAGAAGUGGUGAAGACAAGUUUAGGCAGUGGAGAACUGAUCUUGCUAGGCACUGUUUUGUGCAGGUUCCAAUGAGUGCAAAUUCAAUGGCUCAAGCUCAGUUGAUAUUAAACAUGUUUUCACCAGCUUAUGGUUAUAGCCUUGCACAAGUUGAUGGCACAUUAAGGCUUGGAUGGAAGGAUACAAGCUUGUACACAGCUUCUGCAUGGACCUGCAAUACUUCUAACUAG